AUGUCGGGACACCCAAACCAUCCUCCCAGCUACGGCUACGGUGCGCCGCCUGGAAACCAACCCCAUGGCUCCUCCCCCUACGAGACACCCCCACCACAGGGCUACGCCACCCCCUAUGGCGCGCCGCCUGGAAGCCAACCCUAUGGCUCCUCCCCCUACGGGGCACCUCCACCGCAACACCAACCACAGCCACACAGCCAGUCCCCCUACGCCCCCGUGGCCCAACCCUACGGCGCCGCCCCCCAGGCCUCGCCCUACGACCACAAGCCCCCCAAGGAACAAGCUUCCUCCGCCGCCUCUGGAUAUCCCCCAUCGGUGCCGAACUAUUCCAGCCCGUUCGCGUCACUGGUGCCCUCCAACUUCCCGCCCGGCACCGAUCCCAACGUAGUCGCUUGCUUCGGGAUUGCUGACCAAGAUGGCAGCGGGAUUAUCGACGAUAAGGAGUUGCAGAGGGCGCUGUCUUCUUACAAUCAGAGCUUCAGCUUGAGGACCGUCCAUCUUCUCAUGUACCUCUUCACCAAUUCCAACGCCAGGAAAAUCGGACCUAAGGAGUUCACUGCAGUGUUUUACAGUCUUCAGAGUUGGAGGGACAUUUUUGAGAGAUUUGAUAGGGACAGGAGUGGCAAGAUUGAUUCUAAUGAGUUGCGAGAGGCACUUCAGAGUCUGGGAUUUGCUGUCUCGCCGCUGGUUUUAGAUCUUCUUGUGUCUAAGUUCGAUAAAACUGGAGGCAAAAGCAAGGCCAUUGAAUAUGAUAAUUUCAUCGAGUGCUGUCUGACAGUUAAGGGACUAACUGAGAAAUUCAAGGAGAAAGACAAAGCAUACUCUGGUUCAGCAAGUUUCACUUAUGAGGCCUUCAUGCUGACUGUUCUGCCCUUCCUGAUUGCAUAGGAUGUUAAUGGUUUUUGGAUUGGUUUGAUGUAAUGACCCGGGUCUUUCGUGUGUUUCACUGCAACUGAUAUUUGCUUUAAAUUUCCAGCUUUAGUAAAAGCUCUAUAUCUUUCUGUACAUUGGUAAAAGUCUUGUAAUAAGAGUUGUUAUGACUGUAAUUUGCUGACAGAUUUCUCAUUGCAUAGCUCUUUCCCAUUCUGCUA